GCCGUGGUUACUCUUUUGUUUGGAGGCUCUGGGCGCUGUCUUCCAACCACCGGAGGAUUUAGCCUCUGCUGGGGUGAUGGAAGACAGUGAUGAUGAUGAUGCAAAGCUCAAGGAAGAAAUAGAAGCUGAAUUGGAUAAAAUCAGUAUUUCUUCCUUGGAAAAAGAUGAUCUUGAUAGUGAUUCAAAAUCAGAAACCCAGAGUGAUAAUAGUGAUACAGAUUUGGAUGAAUUACCCGAGUCAGUUCUUCACUGUAUUAACAUCAUAAAGAAUAAGAGUAAAACUGUUGAAGAGCUCAUUCUUCAGGACUUGGAAGAUACUGAUGUUUUAAGCUAUGGUUAUGGAGCAGUUUCUAAUAAUCAUAUGCAUUUAAGGAUAGAAUUGUCAACUGAAUGUAAAGAAAAUCCAGAACAAUUAUUGAAGAUGUUAUCUGAAAUAGAAAAAGAAGAAUUUAUGAGAAGUAAAACUCGUUGUCGCAGUCCUAAUUCUGUGCCAGAGCCUAGUCCUUGUGACUUGCCUGUGGAUGAACAUGUUUUGCCAGAUGAUGCUGAUAUAAAUUUUGGAUACUGUGAAGUGGAAGAAAGAUGUAGGCAGUCUUUUGAGGCUUGGCAAGACAAACAGAAAGAGCUGGAAGACCAAGAGAAAGAAACUCUCAGAGCUCAGAGGGAUAGAGAAGAAAAGCAGUUUCAAGAAGAAGAAGAAAAAAGACAUUGCUGGAUGAAACAAUUUGAAGUUGAAAAGAAGAAAUUAGAGAAUAUUCAGAGACAAGAACAGGACAAGAUGAAUGAUGAACUCCAUAAAGAAGAGAAAAUUUGGAAAGAGAAAUUUAAACAGCAUCAGGAAUUUAUUAGAAACUUGCACUUACAAAUGGAAGAAGAAAGAGCAAGAUUUAAAGACCUACAGGAAAAAGAAAAAAUGCGUUUGUUAAAACUGCAGCAUAAUGCAGCUGUGAAAAUUCAAGCUAAAUAUAAAGCAUUCGUGGCUUACCAAAAAUAUGGCCCACUCAUAAAGGAACAAGUAGAAAGCAAGAAAAGGAAAGUGCAAGAGUGGAAGGAAAAGGAAGCAAAAAUACGUCAGAUGGAAGAAGAAAAAAGGAAAAAAUUAGAAGAGGAACAAAGAAUAGAAGAAGAGAUAAAAAAGCAGAAGCAAGAGGGAAGGAAAAGGAGAGAAAAAGAAUAUGAAGAAAAAAAGAACAUCCUGAGACAAGUAAGAGAGCAACUACUAAACAAGGAAAAAUUGAGAUUAAGAGAAGAGGCAAGAAAACAGCUAAUCACAUGCAGAGCAUUAAGGAAGGGAGAAUAUAAUGCCAAACAGUUAACUGCUGAAGAUGCCUCAAAGAGAAAGGGUAAUGUAGCUGAAAGUCCAGGGGAUGAGACGUCAAAGGAGUGGGAAGAUGUUACCCCUUGGCUAGCUGAGGAAUCGAAUGAGAGGGAAAAUGUAGGCAGACAGCUUGUGUUGAAGGAAUCAAUGCAAGUGCAAGUCAGAGAACCUGUAUCAAACCAAGCAAUCUUGGCAGAAUUUAAAAUGGAAGAAAAAAGUGAAAACCUAGCAAAACAGUGUGCAGAAGAAUUGGGUAAGCAAGCAAGGAAAAAUGAAAAUAUAGACAAAAACACUCAAUUAGAAGACCCAGAUCUAAAAGAAAAUGUGAAAGAAGAGUUUCAGCUGCAAGAAUUAAAGUCUCCAAUACAAAAAGAGGAAGUCAUGAAACCUGCCAUAAAAGAGACCACGAGACAAGAGGCCCGAACAAUCAUAUUGGGGCAUAAUCAAGAGAUGAAGGAGGUGAGAAACAACGACGCACUGAGGGCAACCAAUGAUAAUCAACAAAAUAAGUCACGAAAAGUAGAAAAAGAAGGGAUAUUAGAACAGAAUGGAAUGUCAUGUGAAGAGAGUGAUAAGAGGAGAAUUUCAGUGAUUCCAAUGAAACAAAAACUACCACUAAAAUUAGAAAGUUCUGAAGAUAUAGGAGAAGAUGUAAUACAGGAAAAUGAAACUGAUAUAAAAUCUAAAGAAACUAACCCAAAAGACACUGCACUGAAUAGUGAUGUCGUUUUUAACACCAGUGAUGCUUUGACAAAUGUAGAAGGUAAAAUUAACAAGCAAAAUCAUAUUUUAGGUAGACAUGCUCCUUGUGAAGACUUGGGUGGCUCUAAUGCAAAAAACUCUUUGGUUUUUAAAGAAAUAAACUCUCUGAAGUCUCAGACUAAAGAAAUUCCAGAAGAAUGUCAUGAAAACAGAGAGGAAUGUGAAAAUAUGGUGACCUGCUCUGUACCAGAACCAGCACUUCUAUCUUCUAUUGAAGAAAAGAGGCUAGCUUGGAUAAAAUCAUUUAAACCUUGGUUUGAAAUUUUCAAACAAAAUCAACAAAAGAAAACUGUUAAGAGAAAAAGACUUGUAAAAUGCCCAGCCAACGUGAUGCCCCCUUUGAACACACUACAAAUUCUUCGAUGUGGUCCUUGGAAUACUUUACAGCAGGUUACAACAAUUACAUUUCAAGAUUUGCCAGGCUGUAACGUCUCCACACUGACAGAGUGUACAAAUCUUCAGUUUCUGUCUCUUCGACGCUGUGGAUUAACUUCUUUGCACAGCCUGAGUAACUGCAAAAAAUUAAAGUACAUUGAUGCACAGGAAAACCACAUUGAGACUAUCGACUGUGAAAAUUUGGAAAAUCUCAGUGUUGUUCUUCUUAAUAAAAAUCAACUGACUUCUUUUCAUGGUUUGGAUGGCUGCACUAAUAUCCAAAAUCUUGAACUUUCACAUAAUAAAAUCACUCGAAUAGGUGGCUUAGAAUCUUUGAAAAAUCUUCAGCAACUAAUUGUGGACCACAAUCAGUUAAUUAGUACGAAAGGGCUUUGUGAUACGCCUACCAUUAUAUACCUGGAUUGCUCACAUAAUCAUCUUACUGAAGUUGAGGGCAUUGAAAACUGUGGAUUGCUCCAAAUACUGAAGUUACAGGGAAAUUAUCUAAGUGAGCUUCCAUCCUUGGAGAAUCAUGUUCUACUAAGAGAAUUACACUUGGAUGAUAACAGCAUUUCAACUGUGGAAGCUUUUUCUUCAUAUUGGCUGCCUUUACUACAAGUCCUGACUAUUUCUCAAAACAGCUUGACAAAAAUCGUACCACUUUUUCAUUUUGUUUCUUUGGGAAAACUAGAUGUCAGCAACAACUGUCUUUCUGAUCUUACAAGUGCCAUAACGUGGUUUGAGGCAUGCUUUUCUCUCCAGGAACUGUCUCUCACUGGAAACCCACUUCUUCAAGAAAUAAACUGGCGGCAUUCUCUACUUAAAAUAUUACCUGCUCUAAGAAUCCUCAAUGAUGAAAUGCUAACCUCUUAUUCAGAAAGUCACACUGAAGAACACCAUCAACUAGAAUUAGAGCAUUUCCUGGUACUUUGUCGGUCCCAGAUUAGAGAAUUUAAUUUACUAACUGAGAAAUAUAUUACUGGAAAAGGAAAUAUAUUCACCUUGGAUGCUGCAGAAAAUCUCUGCCAUUAUUUUAAGAAAUUGAUGACACUUAGUAAUGAAUGUCGAUGUGCGCAUGAACAAGGUAUCACCAAGAGAGGUGGAUCAGAAGCCCAGCAAAAUCAUCUGGCUCCUACAAACAGUGACAGCAUACUGCAAAACACAGUCCUUUACUCUUGUGCAAAUGAACAUAAACUGGAUUCACCAGGUAUAUCUGAAAAAUGGAAAGAAUCUGGCACUAGUCACUCCCCAUUAACCAGCCUCUCCUUAUCUGAAGAUACUGAAGGAAGAAAUCAUUCAGAAAUAGUAGGCGAGAAAAAAGAAGACAUCAAGGCAAGCAGUAUCCCCACCAAAAUGGUCCCAUUCAUGGAAACAGUCAUGACAAGGUGUCUGCUGGAGAACUGCCAAAAUGUUGAACAUCCUGAAAAAAUUGUGGCAGCUCUGGUAAUCCAGGCAUACUGGCGUGGUUACACUGUGCGCAGACAGGUUCAUCUCUCUACAAAGCUACGUACUGCUGCAGUAGGACCUCUGACAUCCCCGCCAAAUUCCUGCAUCGAAAAUCAAACAAUUUUAAAGAAAGAAGAAAUAAAAAACACUGUGAAUAUCCUAGAACAGAGGGAGAAGGCUGCUAUUCUUAUUCAGGUUAGUUUUAAUCUUUUGGUAAUUAUGCAAACUAAAUUAUGUACGUUCAUGUUAUUAUUUGUGCAGGCUGCCUUAGAGAAAGAAUGGCUAGCUUUAGAUUCCGCCCGCUUCCCUUCACAAACACUGCUUCUUCCAAACCAGCUGCACCGGCCAAAGCUCUCUGGAACCUUAAAAUAUGAUGACACAUCACUUAAUUUACCAAGUCAUCCAGUGCAAGCAUGGCUAUGUAAUGAGAGGGAGAAAGAAAAUUGGUUUUCAUCGGAACACACACAAUUUACUAGCAGAUCAGAAAAUAGAACUUUAUCGUGGACACCUGAAUCUAAGAUCAGCAGAAAGAAUUUGCUAAAAUCUGAAAAAGAGGAAAAAAUUUCAGAAGAAUGGGGCUUUAAAGAUAUUUCUACUGCUCAGCAAAUGCUGAAGAGAGCACAGAAAAUGAAAUCAAAGAAAUUGAAAAAAUUAGAUCCUACUGUGCGUCUAGCAUUAUUCAAAAACAAUGAAGAUAAAGUUUCUGUUAUAAAAUCACCAAAGAAGGCACAGCCCAAAAGAGAUGGCUACUUUGAAGGUAAGGAAGAAGAAUUACAGUAUAAGGAUACCACCACAAAUGAAAAAUUAGAAAGGAGUAAAGAAUAUACAUACCAAUGGCUUCAUACACAGGUUGGGGUUCAAGAAAAAACUAGUUCCAGAAAUAUGAAAUGCAAUCACUUCUUGCCUGAGUUAGAUCCAGAUGUACUUAAUGGUGGAAGAGUUCAGCUUGUGGCAAGACUUGUAAGCAGAGAAGACACGGAUUUAGACCUUUUUUCCAUGACCAGUGGAAGUGCUUUGUCUGUGAAGAGAAAAAAAAAUCAGGCACACAGACGCUCAGCAGGAUCUUCAAGUAAGUUGUGGUUUCCUUCAGAAUUAAUUUAGAAAUCACAAAUGAAUUGAUGGAACCUAAUGCCAGCAAGCAUUCUUUUACAGAUAAGGGGUAGGAUGCCAGCAACCAGAACUGCCCAAAAAUAUGCAUUUGAAUUUUCUCUUUCAUUAAAUGUCUUCUUUUGCUAUAAACAGAAUUAAAUUAUUUCUAAAAUUAACAGCAUCGGUUUUUAUUUUAAUUAUAUUCUGUGACUCAGUGGUCUGCUCUCCCAACCCCCCAUGGGUUAUACUGAAUUCUUUGAUCAUUUCCCUCUAAAAGAAUUUGUUGAGGCUAAUUGUAAA